UCACACUUCAAAAUUCGGCAUUAAUGCUGCCAAUGGAAAAGAUUCGAACCCUGGUUCAUUCAAAUGAUGAUCUCCCUCUGCGUACUGUACCUGCAUUUGUCGCCUCCCCCUUACCGAGUGAUGACAGAGCACAUUCUCGAUGUAGGUGGAGUUAGUAAUGAUAUCAUCUACAUCUAGUCGUCUUUCAGCUGGGAUUUGUAUUCGUUUUAUCUCUUCUCUCUCAAAACCAAUUGCCAUCCCGUUUUAAAACAUAAAUUCCCUUUAUCUCUUUCAAAUUCCAAUGUUUCGUUCAUCUCUCACACGUACGAGUACCCUCCGUACCUCUAUCCCAAAACUAUUUACGAAAACCAUCACACCACAAAUCAGAGCUCUCUCAAUAAUCCCCAAUACGGUGGCUGCCAUCAUCCCAAAUUCCUCCAUCCCUAAGCAUGAAAGUCCGUCUCCUCAUCCCCUCACUUCAAUUGACUCACAAACUAACGAAAGAACAGUGGUCUACUUCCCAAAAAUAACGACCACUCUCCCUGAAUCAUCAACAUCAUUCCGAAAGGUUCUCUACGCAGGUCUCUACAGCCAAGUAGUAAUAAUGACCGUCCCAGUCGGCGGCGAUAUCGGCGAUGAAGUACACACCGUAGACCAAGCUCUCACUUUCACACACGGGAAAGGACUCGCUAUCAUCAAUGGAAAGGAACAGGCUGUUGAGGCGGGAGAUCUGAUGGUUGUUCCUGCGGGAACGCAACACCAGUUCUUGAAUAAAGGGGAGAAACCAUUGGUAUGUUUUGAGAGUAUAGAUGAAGAUAAUGCAGGGAUGGGACUAAUGUAACGACUCUGUAGAUUCUUUAUACGAUCUAUUCGCCUGCUGAACAUGCCCCUACGACGGAACAUGUUACUAAAGAGAAGGGUGAUAAGGAGGAGGAUGAUGGGAUCGAUGUCGCCCCGGAAUGGGCGAGGAAGAGUAAGAAGGAGAAUGAAGAUGCCGGGCUGGUGAAGAUGAGUGGGAAGUAUUGAUUCAGCUUCACUGUGAUUUUUGUAUGUACAAGAGA